UUCACGAAUUUUUCGUCCAAGUGAGAUUAUUCGGGCCCAUGGCAUACAGUAAGGACACAUCCAACUACGCGAGGCUGUGCCGCCUUCUUGUUGACAAAGGAUCCCAGGCCUUGAGAGACACAUUUGAUAAGAUACAUCCUCCAUCAGAUCUACAAACGAUUUUGUCACAAGGGAUUGUUCGAAGCAAACUUCAAUCCCUUAAGAACAAAAAAAUCAUCAAUCCCAAACAAUGGGAAAAUCUUUAUCCUCCUGUACCUUCAGCGGUGUCAUCAGUAAACUUUGAUAUUACGUUGCUUGCAGUUCUGCUGAGGAACAUAUGUAAUUUGAGUUUUCCCCAUAUCGGUUCGGAUGAUCUUCCUCCCCCUGAAGAUGAGAGCAUUCAGGCUGACAUAGUCAGACUGAGGUACUACAGGAAUAAUAUCCAUGCACAUGCGGUGAAAGCUUCUAUGGAUGACACAUCAUUUGAAUCCCUGUGGUUGGAAAUAAGUGAUGUACUUAUGCGACUAGGAGGCAACAGUUACGAAGAUGCAAUUUACGAGCUGAAGAAUAGUUGCAUGGAUCCCGAAAUGGAGCACUACUACCAAAUGAUGCUAGAAUCGUGGUCGAAAGACGACGAGAGCGUAAAAGAAAAACUUGACAAGAUGGACGAAACGUUCGGACAAAAACUGGGACAGAUAGAGGAUCAGGUGAAAAAUGUGUUGGGUAUCUUGAUGAAUCGCAAGGAAGAAGAGGAAGAAACGUUAGGACAAAAACUGGGACAGAUAGAGGAUCAGUUGAAAAAUUUGUUGGGCAUCUUGAUGAAUCGCAAUGAGGAAGAGGAAGCCACAAUCAAAAGAGGUGACCUUGAGACUUUAAUAAAGGCAAUAACAAAAUUAACAGAGAGGCUCGAAAGUACUACGGAGCAAGAAGAAGUUGCUGCAAAUGGAGCUGCAAUCAAAAUAAGUGCCCUUGAGACUGCAACAAAGCGGAUAACAAAAAUAAUUGAGAGGUUCGAAAGUCGUGUGGAGCAAGAUGAAGUUGCAACUAACGAAGCUACAAUCAAAAGAGGUCAUCUUAGAGCUUCAAUAAAGGAAAUAACAAAAAUAACAGAGAGGCUCGUAAGUCCUACGGAGCAAGAAGCUGCUGCAAAUGAAGAAAGCAUAAAACGCAUGGAAAAUGAAACACAACCCGUUAACAAGGAGUUAGAAACUGCGCCAGAACCUGAUGGAACAAGCCAAAACCAAGGGCAAAAAGAUUCAGAUGAAGACAACACAAGUCUCCUAGGGAAGAGUUUAGCUGAUUCUAAGGAAGGGUCAUCGCUGACUGCAAAUCAAGCAUCGAAUUAUUCAAGAAAGACCCUCAGAAGGCAAAACAGCGUGAAAAAAAUUUGUGCUGAAUUCGAAAAAAGGAUCAGUGAGGGGACUCAAAAAGCAAAACAACACCGAUCCUUUCAUGGGGCCCAAGAGUUCAACUCAAAGACAUCGCAAGAAAACUCUGAUGUUGGAUAUCAGCUAGAGACCAUUGGAAAUUCUUCACUCAUACAAUCAAAGAAGGUACUGGAAAAAGAAGAAAGACAAUCUCUUCAAUCCUCAGAACAAGACAUGGACACUGACUCAGAGGAAGAAACACAUGCUGAUUCUGAGGAUUAUUCCGAGAAUAGGAGCGAGUAUAUCGAUCGGGUUUUUCACCUUUAUUUGCACGAAAAUGAUGGUGUGAAGUCCGUGAAGAUAAAAACAGGGGACAAAAAAAAAUGUUCCCUCCAAAGUGAGCCAGGAUAUAAGGAGUACUGGAAGACUCUUCCUUUCCAAGUAAAGAAUUGUCAAAAAGGAAGCUUUACCUAUAAAUACAGAGUAAAAUAGACAUCUGGA